AUGACUACCACAGCUUACACGGUUGACGAAUUCAUUGGAGACGUCCGCGAGAUAUUUGACGCGACGCAGGACCCGCUGGCGCAGGCCAAGGGCGUCUCCGAGAAGAUGGAAGUGCUGCUGCAGACUCCGGGCUGGCUGGAGGAGCGUCUGGAGCUGCCGGACGAGGGCGGCUACGGGCGCUAUGACCUUCAUCUGGACGAGGACUACGGGCAUCCGGGCGGCGGGUUCUGGCUGAUGGCGUCGGUGCAGAAGCCGGACCAGGACAACCUGCCCCACGACCACGGCGCGGCCUGGGUGGUCUACGGCGUGUAUGAGGGCGCGAUCAAGCAGACGAAGUUCCGCUGGUUCUACCCGGGCGAGGGCGUGGACUCAGUGCAGAUCGGCGAGACCGGGGACUUCGUGCAGGACGACGGCAAGGUGGCCUUCUUCCUGCCGGGCGAGAUCCACAACACGCUGAACGUGACGGGCGACCGGGCGCUGGUGGUGCGGCUGGAGUCCCAGAAGCUGGACCGGGUGGUGCGCUACCAGUACAACCCCGAGAAGGGACGGUCAAGGUAA